AUGGAGGACCCCUGCGCGGCGACCACGGCGGUGGGCGCCAUGCCGGCCAUGCAGCGCGAGGCCUGCUGCGCGCAAGGCUACGGGGCCUUCUGCACGGCGACGAAAGCACCGGUCAUCAUUCAUGACAAGCUCCUCGGCAACGGAUCCUCUUGUGCUGACGGCAUGCAUCCUCAGAUGGAGCAGCUCUUGGGAUUGUGGGAAGUGAGGAAAUUCGUAGAGGUGCAAGGCAGCCGGCACUCACAGGUGUUGCCUGGAGCGAACUUCCUCGGCAAAUGUGGGUAUAAGGAUGCGUUUUCAAGCCCCUGUGCCAGGACGGAGCACGUGCCCCACACGGUGACGGUGCCGAUUCCCGGUCCACCUGCUAAGGUCAUCACGACCCUCGGCUUGACGAUGCUUUGCGGAGGAUUGCAACUCAUGCAGAAAGUGUACGUCAAGCACCAUCCGUUCGACUGCACGGAAGGCUAUGCCAGCUGGAAGACCCUGUGGUCGCACGAGCACCAGCGCUACUGCUGCUACAAGUUGAAGGAGGCCUGCGUGUCGAAGGUCCAGUACAGGAACCACUACAAGACCAUCACCCAUGUCAAGCACGUGACCGUGCCAGUGAAAGUCAGCGUGCCGGCCCCCCCGCCACGCGAAAUCAACCACAUCGUGAAGGUUCCUGUCCAUGAUCCCAGGCCGAUCAUCAAGAUUAAGACGGCUGGCCCGCCCCACGUGGUGAAGCAUUACAUCACCAAGAAGCACUACGUGCCUGAGCCCGUGCCGUCGCCACCGAAGUACCGCUACAAGCCUGUGGCAGUUCCAGUGAAGGUGCCGGGGAAGGUCGUCCACGUGCCCGUUCCGAUGCCCGCUCAGACCAUCUACAAGGAGAUUCCCAUCACCAAGGUGCAGCAUGUGAUCAAAAAGAAGUACUACGACUGCGUCGCCGGCUUCAAGAACUGGAAUUUCGGCUGGUCCAAGACCAAGAAGAGCUGGUGCUGCUCCCACGAGGAGAAAGGUUGCCCCGGCACCUGGAAAGGGGAGGGGCUGACGAAGACGAUCGUGACAGGAGUGACGCAGCACCUGGGCCAUGGCCAGUACAUCCAUGGCCACUAUGACGAUGGCGACUAUGGCCAUAGCCAUGUGCACGUCAUCCAUCACAUCGUGCAUCACUACUCCAGCAGCGACGACGACCUGGAUAUGCCGGACGGAGGUCACGGUGUCAAGCCUGACACCUGGCUGCCCGAUUCUGGGGACGGUGGGGACGGUGUCAAGCCUGACACGCUGCCCGAUUCGGGCGACGGUGUCAAGCCUGACACGCUGCUGCCCGAUCAUGGGCACGGUCACAACAUGGUCAUCGGGGGCGACGAGUCCUCCCUGCCACCGGAGUACCGGCACGGUGACAUGUCUGACAUGAGCAUCGGGGGCGACGAUUCCUCCCUGCCGCCCGAGUAUCGGCAUGGUGACAUGUCUGACAUGAGCAUCGGGGGCGACGAUUCCUCCCUGCCGCCCGAGUAUCGGCACGGUGACAUGUCUGAGAUGAGCAUCGGGGGCGACGAUUCCUCCCUGCCGCCCGAGUAUCGGCACGGUGACAUGAGCACUGACGAUGAUGCCUAG